GUGCUGUGCUGCUCUGCUGUGGAGCUGCUCGCGCUGGGGCGCACCAAGCAAGAUCCGACCCUUGGAUCUCCCUCGUCUGCCCCCAAGAAAAUGAAAAGACAGCUCUUGCUGGCUUAGGCAUUUUGACCAACCUUUGGAUCUUUUCCAUCAAACCAAGAUGGAAUGAAGGGAUAUCUCCUCCGUUGCACCGUCAGUGGCGGGCUGGAGAGCUUUGCUGAAGCAGAAGUAGUGGAACAUGUGGAUGCCGGGAGCAAUCGAGUGAAAGUGGUAUGGCAUCACAGAGGACAUUCGGGAUCCUUGCUAGAUAUCAUCUUCAGGGACGGUACCGAGAUUUCUGGUCUACUUCUACAAGUCCUCAAGCUGCGUUUUGUAGAUCAUGUGUCGUUGCAAGUGUUAUCUCUGGAAAUUCCUGCUGCUGACGACAUUAAUCUUCUCGAAUGGGUCACAGAAAACUGUUUUGAAGUCUCACAGCUUGAUAGAGCUCUCGAAGCCUUUCGGCUGUGGAAACCAUUGCUCGAUAAUACAUUGGCCAGUAGUGCAUUGGAAGGAGUACUCAUCGCUACUCCAGCACUACCACAGAACCUACUGGAAGGUACCAGCCAAGAGUCCAUGAAAACAGAAGCCUUCCACGUCAACACGAUCUACACCAAACCAGCAGUCGCCAAGCUGGCAGUUCAGACCUUUCGGGAAUUGGUUGAGCAAGAAAUAAACAAUGUAGAAUACCAACAAACAGCCAGCAGUGGUAUUCUAUGGGUAGAUGCAGGGGCUGGAUCUGGGGCUCUCCUGCAAAGUCUUCCCCAGGAUUCUUCCUUGGGUGUUGAUCUACAUCCUCAACAUUCGUCUGUACACGCUCGUGAUUUCUUUCAGGUCUCUACGCAGUGGCUGCAAGAGACUGCGCCAAAACCAUUUGAAUCAAUCUGCAUCAUUUCGAACCCACCCUUUGUGGAAGGAACCCGUGGGGAUUAUUCCAUUAUUGGCAAAUUCCUGAAGCAUGCCACGUUCCAACUCAAGGCAAGCUUCAUGGGAUUAAUUGUCCCUGCCAAGUUUGCCCAUGCCUGGAAGUCAUUUGGAUUGCCCAUUCGACUUGCCUAUCGGAUGCAUUUGCCCAAAGAUUCCUUUUACGAUCCAUCGACCGCGGAAUCCAAACACUUGCAAUGUUAUCUCCUCGUCUUUGAUCUACAACCAAAGCAACCAACAACCCUUUCCGGCAACGCAGUCUCCAUUUCGGACACGGAUACACACAACGAACUUGAUGACGAUUGCAUUCACGUGAUUGCACAACGUGACAAAGGCAUGCAUCCUAAUAUUUCCACGGCUUCAUUCACAAGUGCUGUUGUUCAGGGUCUGGGUCGAGCUGGUGUGCCCUUGGGAUCAUCCAAACACAAGAACUCGAUCCCACUCAAGGCCAAACUCUCCAAAUCAUUGGAACUAUUUGUGGAACUCAACCCCAAACGACCCCUCUCAAUCGCCAAUUCCAUGUCCAGCCGGGUCCAAAACCACAGUCUAGGAUGGAUGUCCAAGUCGGUGAAACCUCCUGUGGCCUUGGCCAUGCACCAACUGUCGAGUGGAACGCCAGGUGACAACCAGCCAACGACAGCUAGUGUUGUGGUCGAUCUGAUGUGUGGAGAAGGAACACUGGAAUACGAGUCAAUGGAGCAUAAUGAUUCGCCGGCAAGCACCUUUCGCAUAGUUGGCGACAAGAGCCCGGAGGCAAUCGAACAGGUUGCCGCCCGGUGUCAUGAUCAAGAAUUAUUGAUGGAUUUUAUAGUUUGGGACGCUCAGAAUUUACCACUUCGAAAGGGGAUUGCCGAUGUGGUCCUUGGUGACCUGCCCUUUGCCGGUAGUAACAAGAAGAAACAUCAGACACCUGUUGCUGCCGCUACCAGCAGUGGCACGUCCGAUGUCUCUUGCAGCUACCCCAAGGUCCUGGCCUCGUUGGUCCGAGUGUUGACCCCUUCCGUGGGUCGCACCGUUCUGGUCAGUGCCGAUUCCAAAGCACUCACUCAUGGUACCUGGAAGUUUGCGGGGUAUUUGAAAGAGCUCUGGCAAACAAAGUUGAACAUUGGUGGCUUGGCGGGGAGGAUGUUAGUGUUGGGUCGGAAAGAUGCCAGCUGGAAGGAUAUAAAUUUGUUUGUGGAGAAAGGAGGGGUAGACCGUAGCUCGGUGAUUCUGACCAGAGCACGGGCUGUCUGCGGUCAGUUUUACUUGAAUGAUCUUUUGGAGCUGCAACAAGACACUACCAGCAAUGAAGGAACUACAUCGUUGAACUUGCUGUCUCGGGUUCAAUUACGGGAAGAGUACUGCCAUGUAGAUCAAUCGUUGAGUCAAUGCUAUCGAUUCCACUUUGACCCCAUCGUAACGAAUGCUCAAGCGAAGGUCUUGGAAAAGGCGAUCCGACUUGAUCUCGAGAAGAAUCCGGUCAUUGGAACCCGCAUGUUUUAUAACAGAGAGGUUGCCCGCAUCUGAAGCAACUAGACUAGCUACACUCGAAGAUUUACAUCCAUGCUUUCUUUGCUAAAAUCGUAUGUAAUUGAUUCCCCCCUAACGUUUCCUACAAAUUUGU